AUUGGCGAUGCCAUGCAGUCAACGAAUCAGUUGUUUACAAACAGAGCGCUCGUACGGAUCUCGGUAGCGGAUGAAAAAGUCGAAAGCGUACGUUCAUUUGAAUACACGAGUAGGGAAAAGGAAAUGUAAAUAAAUGCAUAGGAAGUGAAAAAGUGUGUGAGCAAGUUAUUGCUUAAAAGAAAAGAAAAAUAAUAAAAUUAAUAUACUCAAACAACAACAACAAUAAUAAGCAGUGGAAGGUGUUGGUGCCGUUCUUUUAAGGCAAACCAAUUUUUUUUUUUAAAUAAGAAAAAAUACAGUGAAAAAAUGUGUCGUGAGUGAAUUGCAAAAAAUGAAAUCAAAGAAAAGUCUUCAAAUUCCAUUAAAAAAGAAAAGGUAGAAAGGAAGCAAAAAGAAUCAAGUGAUCAAAACAGGCAGCGGUACACAAAGUGAAGCUGCGAGCGAAAAAAGUGCGUAUAUAAAAAUUACGCGAAUCCAAUAAAAACGAGCAUAUAUCGUUGAGUCAAAGUGGUAUAAAGUAAAAAAUAUUAAUCAAAGAAAUAUAAAAAAAUCGCAACAGUAAUAAGAGCACGCAGUUGGCAGCUACCUCGUCGCCACGUAGCACUUCACGGCGUCUCGCAGCAUCCUUGCCACUGCGACUCCGCAACAACCAAUUCCGAGCAGCGUACGCUUACCAGUGGCUGACGCAAAUACAACAACAACAACUGCGUUCAUUGCCACGGCGGUAAUCUCGCAUUCAUUCACAUCUUUAGCGACUUAUUGAGCAGCGACUGCCAGCGACUUCGUCGUCAACUACAACUCCAGCGCCGUCGUCGCUGUUGCUGUCGCCGUCGCUUUAACUCUGACUGCGACUGUGACUCUAAAAUGGUCAAAAUGGAAUUUCUUAAAAGGAAACAUUUUUCAUUGUGGAUUAUAACGACAUUUGUACUCGUGGCUGGCAUUUUGGAUGGUUGCGUCGGACUGCAGGGCGUACCAACAUGGAUUUGUCUCGGCGUGAAAUCACCGUUCAUCGAAUUCAGCAACGAAGUAGAGGUGCUGGCUAAUAGCAGUGUUCCUCUCAAUAUAACCAAAGAUGAGCAGGCGCUCAUGCAUCAAGAGGGCUUACGUAAGUUGGGCACAUUCAUCAAGCCCGUCGAUUUGCGUGACUCAGCGACGGGUUUCGUCAAAGCCGAUUUAACCAAAAAAAUACCGAAUACCGCAGCGAGCACGAGCAAUAACGCACACUAUGGCGGCGGUGGUAUUGUUAUGGCGCAACGACGACGCCAUCCGAUACAAGAAGAAAUGGAUCAAAAACAAAUUAUUUUACUUGAUGAGGAUACCGACGAGAAUGGUUUGCCCACAAGUUUAACAGAUGAAGAUCGAAAGUUCAUUGUGCCGAUGGCGCUAAAGAACGCCUCGCCAGAUCCGCGUACACUUAUGGCUACACAGCGCCUGGUAGGCACCACAACACGUGCCACAACAACGACGACGACUACAAGACGGCCCACAACACCGGCCACACCAGAGUUCGCUUCGAAUAUUGAUGAUCUGAAGAAGCAUAUUUUAUUCUUACAAAAUUUAACGAAGCACGAUAGUAAUUUCCAAUCGAAAUUCGUUGUUUUUCCAAGUCUGCAGAAAGAUCGCCAAACACCAGUUUUAGCGACAACAACGACAACCGCGCGUCCCUUUCGCUCGAUCUUUCAGUACUCAGCGCCCGUCACACCGCCCACACGCAAAUCGGGCUUUCCGAGUGUCGCGAAAUUGCCUGGCGGCCAACCUUUUGGUGGCUACUAUCACAACGAUGAUGAAGACGACGGCGGUAUGUCUGUAUUUCUCUCACAGGCGGGCAUGAAUGCGCGUGACAAGAUCACUAUUGUGCCACAAGUCUUAUUGUUGAAUGAUCAAACGAUUAAGAAUGACACAAGUGGUGGUGAUGCGCGAAACCGCAAUGCCGAUAAGACCGCGGCGGGUAUGCCACAAACUGUUGCCAGCACUACACCGACCACACCGGAAACAACAACACCUAUGACCAGCACAACACCCCGACGACCUACCAAAAAGCCGUUGUGCAUACGCAAUCCAGAUUCACCAAAAUGCAUACGUCAGCGUAAACGCGAAGAGCAACAACGGCAGCGGCAUCGCGAACAAUUGCUACGCGAACAGCGUGAAUAUUUAAGACCCCACUAUGAACCCUACAUACAGACCCUGAAUAAUACAAAACGUUUUGCCGUCUCCAUUGAAAUACCCGAUUCCUUCAAGAUACACUACAACGAAAGUGCGGAAGCGACGACGUUACCGACAAUUCAUGUCGACGAAGGUGAAUUGCAAGAGCUUUCACGUUCCAAACGUUCGCAUCAUAAACGCCGCAAUAUCGGUGGCGGUCAGCAAGGGCGUCGCGCCGGUAAUAAUGAUAAAUUCGCUGCUAAAUAUAGUACGAGCUAUUUUGAGCGUGAUACCGUGAUAACAGGCGCACGCGAUAUUGCUGCCGAUCAAUCUAGUAUGCCAGCGAUAAAUGGUAGCACUCCAAGUCCAACGGUACCGGCCUAUUCAGAACCAAUUGAUUUGAAUCCAGAUAACUGUUAUCAAGUUGACGGCAUGACUUAUGGCCAGAAGAAACAGUGCGUACUGCAUACGAGUGUUAUGCCGGCAAUAAGUCGCGGUGCGAGAGCGGCUAUACAGGAAUGUCAAUUUCAAUUCAAAAACCUUCGCUGGAAUUGCAGCACAACAGACGAUAAUACCGUCUUCGGUCCGGUAACAGGAUUGGGCUCACCGGAAAUGGCUUUCAUUCACGCGCUGGCCGCUGCUAUGGUGACCAGUUUUAUAGCCCGUGCCUGCCGCGAUGGCCAAUUGGCGUCAUGUGGUUGUUCGCGUGGGUCGCGCCCUAAGCAAUUGCACGAUGAUUGGACGUGGGGUGGCUGUGGCGAUAAUUUGGAGUUUGCUUACAAAUUUGCCGUCGACUUCAUUGAUGUGCGCGAAAAGGAGACGCGUCGCGGCACACGCGGCGCUGGCAAUCCGGAGCGCAAACGCGGCCGCUUCCAUCAGCGGCGCAAUCAGCAAAUGCAACAAACAAUGCAGGCUGAUGACGCGUCAGCAGCUGGGUUGGCGCUGUCGGCAGCAACGACACUAAAAACGAUUGCAACAACAACAACGACGACUACGACAACAACUGCAGCGACACCAGUAGCACAAUUAGAGGCGUUCGCCAGCGAAAAUGAAUAUAUCAGCAGCGACAAGGAAAACAUGCAACAACAAAAGCAACUGUUCCAACAACAACAACAGCAGCAGCAACAAAUAUCCAAUAAAACUGUCAGUGUUGAUGGCAAUAAACACAGCAACGGCAAGAAUGACGCGCAGGCGGCGGGAAAUAAUACCAACAUGUCAACAGCAACGCUAACCAACUCUAAGGACACCGUCAACACACAAGCAACAACGCGAACAGCGGCAAUGGCAACAGCACAAAAAUCAGCGCCGAGCCGUGGCAGCAGCAGCAGUAGUGGCAAUAACAACAGGCAGCAAUCAAACCGCGACGCUAAUGCUGACUUCUCCUCCGAAGAAGAAGCGGCGGCUAGACGCAUCAAACCGGAAGAUUUAUUAGAGUUGCAGGAGCGUAUCACAAAGGAAAUACUCAAUUCGAAAUUGCAGGGCAAGGAAAUGCAGGAAUUGCAGGAGAAAAUCAAUCGCGAAAUUCUAAACACAAAGGUGUUCAAUAUGGAUGCUGGUGGCGGCGGCGGCGGCAAGCGCAAGCGAAGACGUAAAAAUCAACGCGCCAUCAACGGUAUGCCAAACGAUCAGCAAGCAGACGCCACAGCGAACGGCGCGGCCGGCGCUGGUGACGGUGCCGAGGGUGCGGGCAAAUGGAAGAACAGCAUUGCGGCCAAGGCACGUAGUCUAAUGAAUUUGCACAACAACGAAGCGGGCCGGCGGGCUGUCCUCAAGAAAACGCGCAUCACCUGCAAAUGUCAUGGUGUCUCUGGUUCAUGCAGUUUGAUCACCUGUUGGCAGCAGCUCUCAUCGAUCAGAGAGAUCGGCGACUAUUUGCGUGAAAAGUAUGAAGAGGCUACGGUUGUGAAAUUGAAUAAACGUGGUCGUUUGCAAGUGAAAGACACGCAGUAUAAAAUGCCAACGUCGCACGAUUUGGUGUAUCUGGAUGAGAGCCCAGAUUGGUGUCGCAAUAGCCGGCAGUUGCAGUGGCCAGGCACACAUGGUCGCGUUUGCAAUAAAACAUCCGCCGGCUUGGAUGGUUGCGGCAUCUUAUGCUGCGGUCGAGGCUACAACACCAAAAACAUUGUGGUGCGCGAACGCUGCAAUUGCAAAUUCCACUGGUGCUGCCAGGUCAAAUGUGAUGUCUGUGUGAAAGUGCUCGAGGAACACACCUGUAAAUAAGUAAAUAAUUAUAAAAAAGCAAAUGUAAUAACAAACAUACGAAAAUAAAUAACUAAAAAGCAAAUGAUAAAAGUGAAACUACUCAACAACACAUGGCGACGGCGGCAAGGAGGCGAUAAACGCGAUAAAAAAAAUAGUAAAUAAAGCUAAAAAUACAUGAAAUUAUAACACCGAAUAAAAAAACGAGUAUUCUCCAAAACAGUUGCUGUGCUCCCCUCCGAUAAUCCCUUCGUUUGGCCGCUGCAUUAUAAGUAUGCGUGUUUGACUGCGCAGACGGAUAUGCAUACAUACAAGUAUAUAAAGUUAAGCAGUAUGUAUGUAUGUAUGUAUGCAUCAGUUAUAAAUAAAAUAUGAAACAAUUAACUGUAAAUUAAAACAGCUAAGUAACUGCACAAAUGAAAUGAUAUGAAACACAAAAUAAAAACGCUGAGUUGUCCAGCACACACACAUACAUAUACAUACUAAUACAAAGAAUUGUAUAUGCAAAAUGAAAUUAGUUCUUAAGUCUGAUUAAAUGUAUGUAAUUAAAUGUUAUGUGCGAUGAUGUGCUGAAAUUUGAUACCCUCCGUGUAAUUGUAUGUGUGUAUAUUUAGUAGUAGGUGCGCAGACAGCUCCCGUCAAGCACCACAUUUGUAUGUAGAAAGCAAAUUCCAUAAAUAUAAGCAACAUUUAUUUGAUUUGACAGAAAAAAAAAUCAAUUAAUUACUAUAUAAGCAUUUGAAGUUACUGUAAUGAAUUUUCAAUUACCAUCCGCUAAAUUUAGAGUUAUAAAAUGUAUGUAGUUCCAUAUUGUAAUCUAUAGUGUAAGUGCGUGCGUGUAUAUGUGUGUGUGUAAAAUAUAUGUAGCUAAGUGAAGCGUGCUUUUAAUUUUCCUACGCGGUACUAACACUUUUCUUACGCACUGUAUUUGUGUAGUCGGCUUAAUUAGUUCGUAGAUUUACUCAUUAAAAUACAUAUAUACAAAUAUAUAAGCCUAACUACGCAUAACUUACAACUCUAGUUUAGUGUGAAGCCUACUUUAACUUACGUAAUUUUAGUUGUAAACAUCACUUAUUUAAAGAAAAAUUGAAGCAAAUCAGAGCAUAUUGUUGACAGCUACUGAUAUGAGAAUAAUAAUGUGAAGAAUGCUAGAUACCUUUUUUUAUACAUACAUUUGUAUGCGAUAACUUUCUUUUUUGUGACUUAUGAGAUUUUUGCAGGCGAUAUUAUGACAUAAAGUGAAAACAUAGUUUGAUCCUAUUAUAAAUUUGUAACUAUCUUUCGAAUUGGCAAAAAUAUUUAUCAGCUCAUCAUGAAAGUGGCACUGAAGUCCAAUGGGUUAAUAAAGCGAUAUUCCGCCUUACAAAAAUGAUUGAUAUCAAACUUAAUUCAAUUUAGUUGAAUCUAGUAAUCUAUGCUAGAAAGAUAUGUCAUACUCAAAAACAUUUGAAACGAGCAUUUAUAAAUAAAAAAAAUGGCAACUACAUAAAGUUAGCAACAUCAUUUCCUGUAUCUCCCAUUGAAACAUAUGACCUCUUUCGAUGACUAUUUUCUGCGGUAAAACUCGUGUUAGCAUUACAUGAAUUUUACAUCCCCAAAUCCAGCCCGAAGCAGUGGGAUUUCUCGAUACACGGUUACCUCUUAGAGGCCUCUCAAUUUGGACUUUUUGAUCCAUGUUGAAAUUAACUCUUAUUGGAGUUGUUAAACUUACCGCGAUACGUUUAAACAUAAAGCGGGAGCUAUGUAGGAAAAAGGUUUCAUGGCUUAAACUAUAUUAGUAGUAGACUUCACCGUAGUCUCUGGACGUUACUGUGGCUCACUGGGAGCUCCUCCAUUGCUGUCCUGAUAACAUAAGCUUACCGACUCAAGUGAGCCUACCUUUGACUUAUGCGGGUGUUGAAUGGCGACAAAAUGGUACUGCUUAGUGUUUAUUGGCACCAAAAUGACUUGCACCAUCCGCAACUCGUCCGAUUGCCUACAGUUCGGCACUCGUAGAUCCGCGACCAAAUUAUUUCCACAACCUUACCAACAUAAAGUUAUUAAUUUCAAUAAAAAAAUCUUGAAUAGAAAUAAUUUUAAAAUCAUGUCUGUCUUGAGUUUACAUUAUAAAAGAUUGACAACUACGUCCUGUCUUUUUUCACCAAAGUGGCUCUAUAUAUGAAUAAAAAUUCAAAAGAUGUUGCCUACAUCUAGGCGUUCAAAGUGUAUGGGAAGUUUACCAAUUGCCGAACACAGCAACUAAAAAAGUAGACUCUGUCAAGAUCUCCUCUGUGGCUCCGACGAAUGUGACUCAAGUUUAUGGCUUUAUUUUUUGGAAAUAUCUAAUAUUGGCCGAAAUGAUGUUUUCAGCAGCAUUUUCGAAAAAUAUUGGUUAAAUGUAAUGGCCUCUUCGGGAUUACCUUUAAAUUUUCCAAUCUUUUUUCAUACUGAAGCUUAGCUUUUCAACAUCGCCAUCGUAUGAAAAAUUUAUUUCAUCGAUAAAGAAAAUAUUUUGCGUAAAAUCAUACGGAUUUUGAGCUACCCUACCAUAAUCAAGUGAUUAACCAUAUCUUUCACUUCGUAGAGAUAUUAUACUUAGCUAACAUUUAAGCGCUUAUGUGGGUGAAGCUUUACUUGAACUACCCUUUAGAUGAAACAUAAAUUUGGAUUAGCUCUUAUUUUAAUAAUUAUUAAAUUAAUUAUUUUAAAUUAUGUCAAACAUUUUAUUUGAGCGCUGUACGCAUUCACAGUAUCCUUGGUCGAAUUAAAGUCCAUUUGCAAGUACAUUUUCGCAUUCUUGAUUAUACUCAAUUACGAGUAAAAAAUUAAUAUUUGUACAUAUGUAUGUGUGAAGGAAAUACUAAAUAUUUAUCGCUUUAAAUAAAAAAAAAUAAAAUAAUACUUGCGAGUAAUAAUUUCUAAAAACAUUAAAGAAGGUGUGCUUAAAAUUAAAAGUUACAUAGAAACUUAGAAGAUACAGUGUUGAGUUCUUAGGCAGCAGAGACCCAAACUCAAAUCGCAGACUUCUGCGGAUCAAAGUCACACAUAUGUAUUUAUGUAAGUAUUCGUGCACAAAGAAUAUAAAUACUUCAAAAGAAGAGCUAAAAUAGUGAUUAAAUAGAACAAAAGCGGAAAAAUAUAUAUGUAUGUAUAUGACACUCAUUGCAUUUUGAAUAUGUGAAAUAUUUGAGAUUAUAAAUAUGAAAUAUUCGCGACGCAACAAAAUGAAAAGCAGCAUUGUAUGUAUGUAUUGUAAUUUAUGAAACGCAUAAUAAGAGUAAACGAAAUACAUAUACAAUUAAAUUUAAAAUGAAAAUAAAACAGUGUAAAAAAUUUAAUAUAUAAGUUUUAGCGAUUACAAGAAAUGCGAUAGUAAUAUAUUUAACUAAUAUAGAUGGCGCAAAACACAAAUGAUUGAAAAUGAUUAGAAAAAAAACAACAGAUAAAACGUAUUAAAUGAUGAAAAACAAAAUGUUGAAAAAAUUGUGUGUUUGAUUUCAA